CCGAGCCCUCGCGCCUCGCCAUAGGAUAUGCGAUCGGUUGGGCUGGACCCCCUCGGCCCUCGCCGCUGCUUCUACUAGUUUAUUCAUGUCCUUCCUGUCACGCACGACGACGACGACGGCCAUAAUUAGUAACCCCCUCCGCCCUCCGGCCCCUCCGCCAGGCCAGCAGCAGCACCCGCCUGCCUUUUGGGGGAUUUGACACCCAUCCAUCCAGCUCGGAGAGAGCCGGCGCCUGCUUCUUGCUCUUGCUCUUGCUGCUGCAGCAGCUGAGCGAUCGGCGCUGCGAGCGUCUCCUUCGUUUCCGAUCGAUCGAUCGGUCGUGUCGAUCCGCGGCCGCGGGUGGUAAUAUAUCAUAGAUGGACGGCCUCCACACGGAGCUCGCGCUGGGGCUGCUCGGGUGCGGCGGCGGCGGCCAGCUGCAGACGGCGCCGUUCGUGGCCAAGACGUACCAGAUGGUGUGCGACCCGCGGACGGACGCGCUCGUGCGCUGGGGGAGGGACAACAACAGCUUCGUCGUCGCCGACCCCGCUGGCUUCUCGCGGCUGCUCCUCCCCUGCUUCUUCAAGCACAGCAACUUCUCCAGCUUCGUGCGCCAGCUCAACACAUACGGGUUCCGGAAGGUGCACCCGGACCGGUGGGAGUUCGCGCACGAGUCCUUCCUGCGUGGGCAGACGCACCUGCUGCCGCGCAUCGUGCGCCGCAAGAAGCGCGGCGAGGGCGCCGCGUCGUCCUGCUCCGCCGCCGCCGGCGACGCGGGCUGUGCCGCCAUCGGCGGCGAGGAUCGCCACCUGGAGCAGGAGGGCCAGCUGGACCAGGAGGAGCGGGAGGCGCUGCUCGAGGAGGUGCAGAGGCUUCGGCGGGAGCAGAUGGCCAUCGGGGAGGAGCUGGCCCAGAUGAGCCGCCGCCUGCAGGCCACGGAGCGGCGGCCCGACCAGCUCAUGUCCUUCCUCGCCAGGCUCGCCGAGGACCCCGACGGCGUCACGCGCCACCUCGUCGAGCAGGCCGCCGAGAAGAAGCGCCGCCGCCUUCAGCUCUCCUCCCACCCCAUUUCCCCGAUCCCGCUGGCGCCGCCGCCAGUCCACCCGCUGCUGGGGCUCGGCGGCACGGACUGCGACGGCUGGCAGUGGGCGGAGCAGAAGCCGCCGGCGAUAAUCCUCCCCUCCUUCGUCGAGCCCUCCCCGAGCUCCUGCGGGGUGCAGCAGGUGCCGGAUUUCGGGGGCGGCAACGGCGGCGGCAUCAUCGGCAUGGGCCUGACCACUGACGACACGGCAGUGGAGACGCCCUUCCCGUUCUGCCUCCUCGGCCGGUAAAUCAUGCGCAUGCACGUUCUACUCCUACCUCGGCCUCUGCUCACUGAUUUCUAGUUACUCCUGCUCCUUGUACUCUGCAAACCAUUCAUCUGCACAUUGACACAUCCCCAUCCGAUCAUUAUCGCAAACGAGCACAGCUCAUUACAGGCUGCUGUAUCUGUUGUAUGUAAUCGAAGAAGAACAGAUCGGGAUCGAUGAGACGAUGAUCGUGGUCACUAGUUGUCAUUCUAGUAGUAGUUAGGCCUUGCAUUUGUUGGUUGGACAUGGUAGUGUAGUGGAGCUCGAUCUUCUUGUCCUCCAAGCUUGUAGGGUUUUCAGGGGAUUAAACUAAGCUAUGCCCGCAUUACUUUUGCUGCAAA